AUGGCGCCCAACCAGCUGCCUAGGGUCCGCUCGGCGGAAGCGUCCAUCGAGAAGGGUCGUUCAGCCUAUGCAGACCAGCGUUUCCGCGUCGCACUGGAGCACUUCACACUCGUCGCAGGAAACUGUCCCUGCUCAUCACCCUCAUCAUCUUCUUCAGCUGGUCGGGGUACCUCAAGCAGCGCAUCUGAAACCCAGCAACGCCGCCGCCGGGAACGAUGCACAUGCCGAGACUUUGGCCAGGCUGCUGCACUCGCCCGUAGGGAAAGGGGCGCCGUGUACGCGGAGGCGACGAAGGAGUGCGAGUGCGGCGCUGAAAAGACUUGGGGAAAGUGUCAUCGCGAGGGCCAUGUGCAGGCGCUGGACUACCGGGCUGCGUGCUUCGAGAAGAUGGGGAAUCUUGAGAAGGCCAGGAAAGAUGCGGAGUGGCUGCUGGAGAUUGCGCCAAGGAGGCUGGAGGGGUACAUGAGACUCGGCAAGAUUUACCGACUUGAAAAGAAGCCGGAGUUGGCUUGGGCGAUAUGGACUGCUGGUGUUGAUGCUGGCCAGAGGGAGGGUCUUGUCAGGACGACAAAGUAUCAAGAUCCAUUAGACCUCCCGUCAGAGCUAGUCGAGAGCAUAUUCUCCUACUUUGAGUUUAUCGAGUUAUGCCUCAUCAUACCCAACGCCCACACCUUCCAGCUCAACCAGUCGAAAUGGAUAUCGCUCAUUCAGACCACGAAUCCACAGACGACAAGUCGUUUGGAGCUGGGCGGCAUCCGGCGCAACAUGGACGGCGACUGGGGGUAUAAGCUACCUCCAAAGCCGCCCUUCUUCGAGGGCCUUUCUCGUCUCAAAUUCAACUUUCACCACACUCACUCAGAGUACACCGGCAGAGGCGGGCCGCAAGAUUUUGUCAGACAAUUCGUCGAACGCGCGAAGGAUAAUCUGCAGAGUCUCACGUUGAUAAGCAUGUAUCUAAAUGACCUCAACUGGCCUGAAAUGCCCCGUCUCAAGAUCCUACAACUCACAGGCCCACUGAACAAUACCCUCUCAAAUCUUACCACAGAACGUCGAAUAAACCCCUUCGCACUCGCAAGAGCAACCCCGAACCUGCAGCAACUCUACCUCGAAAACUGCGGCGUCUUCACCGACCUCGACUCCCUCUCCCCGCCCGAGGACUGCUGGUCCCUCUGGCGCCAUCUCCAAGUCAUCCGUCUCGGCACGACACGGAGCGGCCUCUCCAUGGGGAACAAACGCCACUUCCCCCCGCUCCACCCGUCCUCCUUCCGCGUCUUCGAAGCCCGCGCCACGCACCAGGGGAACCACGGCGACUGGCUCCCGCAGCAGCUGCCGCUCGACUACUCCGGCUACGCCGAGGCCUCCGCCUCCCCGACCGCGCAGGACGACAAGCUCGACCUCGUCACGUACCCCAACCUCGAGCGCUUCUGGAUGCCCAAGCUGCCGCUGAGCGUCGACCUCGCCACCAUCCUCCUCGAGCCGGCCAUCCGCUCCGGCCGCCUGCGCGAGGUCGGCCUCUGCUGGCGCCAGGACCCGGGCCAGUACUUCCCCGCGGCGCUCGACUUCCUGCGUGGCGCGGCCUCCGUGCGCACCCUCGGCUUUUUUGAUUUUGACUUCGAGUCCCACGAGGCGCUCACCCGCGACGCCGCGCACCGCGGCGCGAACCCCAACGAUCUGCUCUUCGGCUUUCUCGAGAGCUUCCCGAACCUCGAGGUGCUCGAGCUGCACUCCGCCCUCUGCGAGCCGGCGCGCAUCGGCGCCGUCAUCGAAAGGGUCGUGAAGCUCGGCCGGCGGCUGCGGAGGGUGUACCAGCGGGCGCUGACGGGCGUGCUGAUGGACCAGCUGAGGGCGUUUUGCGAGGCGCACGGCGUGGAGCUGGUGUACGGGAGCUGGGAGGCGGCGUUUCCUGUGCCGUUGGAGGAUGCUGAGCCGGUUGAGGCUGCGGUGUACUGA